GUGAGAGAGGCAGCAAAGGAGGAUAGAUGAACACGGGGGGGUUUCCAGCAUCGGUAUGCCUGCCUACCUCAUUUCCAGCCCAGACAUAGUUCCUGUUCCUCCGGAUAGAAAAAACAGCUGAGGUGUGUUUGAAUGUGUGUGUGUGUAUUUUAGACAUCACUCGACCCGCACACAGCCUUCAUCCUCUCAGCUCACGCCAGUCUGCUGUGAUCUCCCUGCAAGAGGACCAGAGAGAAACUGUGACAGGAACAAGCGGACAUGGAAGAGUGCUGAAAAGAAGGACAAACCCGGGGGCUGCCUCACCUCUUCCCGUCCCUCCUGCAUUAGAGAUGGCAGAUGGCAGCAGUCUCUUUAUGGAACCGCAGCAUGGAGCUUUUUGUAUGGACUGAGAUUGCACUGCUGCCCUCAGGAUCAGCCGGCUACCUGGGUUAUAGUGGGUUCUUUGGUUCAUCACUCCCUUAAAAGGGCCCCUCAGACACGUAUUCCUGCCCAAGAUGAUGAAUAACUCCCUGGAUCCACUGAACCAAAGCUCUGCUGACCUUUCAAACUUAUCUGCUCCCUUCUGCCUGCUCGAGAUAGGCUAUUCCCAGAUUUUCACUGUCUGCCUCCUCGAAGUCUCUAUCAUAUGUCUGCUCACUGUUCUUAUUAUAUCUGGUAACCUUGUGGUGAUUUUUGUCUUUCACUGUGCACCCUUGCUUAGCCAGCACACCACUAGUGCUUUCAUCCAGACCAUGGCAUAUGCUGAUCUGCUGGUGGGGGUCAGCUGCCUGUACCCCUCCCUGUCCCUGCUCCAUCACCUCCAGGGCCUCGACCCCAAACUAACAUGCCAGGUGUUCGGCUACAUGGUGUCUGUUUUGAAAUCCGUUUCAAUGGUGUCGUUGGCGUGUGUGAGUGUAGACCGCUACAUUGCCAUCACGCGACCUCUGAGUUAUGCCUCCCUUGUGACACCGUGUCGAGUGCGAUGCUGCAUCGUGCUCAUAUGGUUGUACUCUGCUCUGGUGUUUCUCCCGUCUUUUCUCGGGUGGGGUAAGCCCGGAUACCAUGGUGAUGUGGUGGAGUGGUGCGCAGUUGAGUGGAGGACUCGCCCGGCUUUCACUACCUUUAUCGUUGCACUGCUCUACGCCCCAGCUGCCCUCACUGUUUGCUUCACCUACGCCAACAUCUUCAAGAUCUGCCGACAGCACACCCGGGAGAUCAGCGAGCGCCACGCACGCUACCGACCCCAACAGCUGCAGGGCCCCGGAUUGACUGUUGGAUCUGCUGUCAAAGACAACAGCUCAGUAGGCCACUUGCCCCACUUGUCUGAACCACAAAAAUCCCAGCCCCAGUGUCAGCAGCCCACAUCAACAUACCCGGACAAGCGAUACGCUAUGGUACUGUUCCGCAUUACGAGCGUGUUUUAUAUCCUCUGGUUGCCCUACAUCCUCUACUUUCUGCUGGAGAGUGCUGGGAUCUACCACCACCCUGCAGCCUCGUUCCUAACCACAUGGCUUGCCAUCAGCAACAGCUUCUGUAACUGUCUCAUCUACAGCCUCUCCAACUCUGCUUUCAGGAAGGGCCUCAAACGCCUCUGCUCCUUCUGUUUACAUGGCAGUGGUGGUGGCUUUGGGACUGGCAACACCAAAAAAGCUUUUGUUGGUUCUUCAGAAAAGGGAUGUGGAGUUCCCGGGUAUGGAUACGGUCAUGGGGAAAUAGGCAUCGGCACAACCUGUCAUGUGUAGAGCACACCAAGAGGAAGCCUGAGUGUUGGCAUUUUAACUUUAGAACGAUGGCUGAUGCGAUUGCUGUAAAAUGUCUCGUCUUUAAAGCUUGAAGUGAAAAGAUGAAAGGAGGCGUUGAUCUGCCACUGCUGUUUCUGUCGCAUUUGGAGGUUGCACAGGCAUCCUUUCUGUGCACGCCACAGCUGGCAAACACAAAGAAAGGGAGUCAAGCGCAGAGCACUGAAGGAGAAAGGGCCUUAACGCUUUGCAAGGUGUUUUAAAAUGGCCAAGAAAACCCAGUAUGCUGUACUGUGUAUGGACAGAGGUUAUGGAAGGAAGGGGUUGGAAAGAAAGAGAAAAAUCUGUCAAAAACCAAUGGAGAAAAAACUCUUUUGAGGCUGAACAUUUUUCUUUAACUGGAAGUGAAUCCUUAACUUAUUUUGCCAAAAGACUUCAAAAGAAAGGGUUUGCUGAAAAGCUCUAUAUGAAACCCAAUAAGUUGUACAGUAUGUCAAAUGCAAAAAAAGAAAUGACGAGAAGUUGGUUGCUGUUUUUUUUAAAGUGAUGUGGUGCCGAGGUGAACUGCCAAUAGAAAGCUCUUAAAAUGUUUUUUUACAUGCUCUCACACCCUCAGUAUCGAGACACUUAAAGUAGUCCAACAGUGCGUUUGUGUAACGGGUUUUUGUUGUGUCUCUUGUUGACUAAGGUCUUAGUUAAGCCUAGUCAGUCAAAAAAAAAGAAUGAGUAUGUAGGUCUAUACCCUGUGCAUGUCCUUUUCUAAACUGAUUUUGGCCACUUCAAGACAUCUAUCCUCAACUUGAAUAAGAUAACAUUUCAGAUAGUUUUCUGUUAGUCUGUCUUUACCCUGCUACCCAGUUCACACUGAUGUUCUGUUGUCAAAAAGUCAUGUUUUCAGUGAAUUCAUCCUUUAAUAUUCAGUUUCAUUUAGUAUUUCUGGCUUAUUUGAGUCUAUUCAAAAAGAUUCCACAAUAACCAAAAUGUAAACCAUGUGAGAUUCAUUAAAUUCUGUUUUUCUAAAAGAAGAAAUUCUUAACAAUUUGUUUUAGGGGACACACUUUAUACCUAUCACAAUAAACAGUGUAUAUAGUUUUUCAUAAAAUAAGUGUGUAUUCCAAACAACUGUUUCCAUAAAUACAACUAGACCUAACUUAGCCUCCACAGUUAGUCUUGAUCACACAUCAGCACUGAGUUCACGAUGAAGAGCCAAUCUGGCUGCUCUAUUUUGUUCUAUUUCAGGUUGUUUUUAGAUAUUUCUCUGCUGCACCUAACCAAAUGGAUGGCAGGGCUCCAGGUGUGUUGUGCUGCAUUGUGGCUGGAUGAAUAAUUUGCCUGCACACGAACACAGUGGAUUUAAAUGUAAACAGAACAGACAAACAGUCCAUUCACUCUGCCAGAGGGCCACGCUGUGGUUAAACUCCGACCUCUGCGCAGCACCAUGAACAGGCACUGACCCCCAUCUCCCUGGUGUUCAGUAGCAUGUCUGUGAGUGUGUGUGUAUGUAAGUGUCUAUGUGCAUGUCCACGUGUUCUAGUUAAUCCCCUGUCCCCAUGUGAAUUUAUAUCAUUCGUAUCUGUACAUACUUUUUCAUAGAAUUGUGAAAAAUGAUCCCUACAUUGAACCAUGGAGACUCAUAUCACAGUUUAUUUAGGUGUAGAUAAUCCAACCUAAUAUAUGUUAUGUAAUGUACCAAAGACAAUUUGACAGAUUUUCUUGGAUGAUAUCUGUUUUCAAUAUCUAAUCCAUGAAGAUUUAGUAGAAUAACAGUUUUCUACACAAAGUGUGUGUAGGUCCACUGCACUGUGUUUUGGUUCAGUGAUGCCUUGCGCGCACUUAUAAGACUGUUUCUCAGUAUGAAGUGAUAUAUUGUUGCCUUGAUAUACAAUGAAAUGAACGGAGAAAGUAUUUUCCUUAUGUUUUGGCAGGGCUUAAUAUGUAGACUGUUCUUAGAAUUGAAAUGUCCUUGGAAAUAAAAUGAAAAUAUACACAAGCCAGCAUUGAUUCCACCUUCAGUAAAGAAUAGCACAAACCCCAUUAGCUGUGUAAAGUAUUUUUUAAUAUAUAUAUUCACUGUUACACCAGCUGCCCUUUUAAAUCUAUCUAUCUAUUAUUUUUCUCCUGUAAACUUAAAAAAACUUUACAUUUUGUGCGCAUUUUAAAUUAUUUGUUUGUGUGUACAGUGUGACUGCGUGUGCAUGCGUGCUAAAAUGCGACCAUUGGCUGGAGUGGACUGUUAACGGUGUUUAAGCUGCUUAAAAAGCUUUCCUCAAGUAUACUGUAUUUUGUAAGUGUGUGUAAGUACAAUGGCGGUAAAUCCACAUGUUGUCUUUAAAUGUUAUGGCUGUCACCUGUGAAGCAUUGUAAUUAUUCCUGUAUUUAUCACUUUUGUUCAGAAAAAGGCGUGUGCAAAAAAGCAUGUACAGAAAUGGCGUAUUGAAUGUCUGAUUGUGAAACUACAGACAUUUAUUUUUGUAAAAUGACUGAGUUAAGGUGUGUUUUUGUCCGAACAUGCAGAUGUUGUGGAGUAGGUUUAGUAGAACAUUGUUAUAAUAAUUGAAGCUGUGUCUUUAUGGAGAUACACUUCAUUUUACUUGGACAAUUUCUUCUAAGGUGUUUAACUAUUUUAAAACAGAUUACUAUGAAUAUGAGGUAUACUGUAUAAUUUCCCACAGCUGUUAAUGGUACAAUACCCCAGAAAUGUGCAAGAUGUAGGGCAAAGGGUCUCGAGGAAGGAUUGUGCCAGAACAUGCAGCAUUAGCCUUCACACACACGCAUUCUCUUUCUCCUGUGGGAAAAACAAUCGGCUCUCAUGGGAACUACACUCAAGAUCCAGUGCAAUGUUGGGUAGGAUUAGAAAUGAAAUUCAGCCUUCUGCUUUGAGAUAACAAAAUAGUCAUGAAUUGGAACAACUAUGUUGAGUGAGUACGUUCUACCAGUUAUCAGUGAUACUGAGUAAAUAACAUGACAGCCAUUUGCAGAUAGUGUUUUUCAGGUUUGAAAGUAUAAAUAAAAUUAGCCAUUAUUGUGUUUCCAGAGCCCUUAUCUUUUGCACUGUUAUUUAUUUUAAUUUUAGGCCCUUUAUUAUCCAGAAAUGUUUUGAGGAUUGCUGCUGCUUCUUAAUCUUCCUCUUCUGGCAUCAAAUCGGUUUGCAAACAGCUUUAGGUGCAGUUCCACUCAGGCUACCCAGAUGUGCAUCUGUCUGAGGACCUAGCACUCUCCUUAAGUUACCUAUAAAAUCCAAUUUAAGGUGCAUGGUUUUACCAAGAACAUGUUGCUCUCAGUUUAGAAAAAAAUCGUAUUUAAUUACCAACAAAAUGAUUUUUAUCCACCAGAACGCUGGUCGGUUAUUGUAUAUUACCCUGAACUGGGUUCAAGCCUCACUCUUAUAGUGCACUUUAACAUACCGUUCCCACGAAACUGUAUUCCUAUCUUAUUUUUAAAUCAUUAUCUGAAUUGUUUUCUUUGUGUUUUCGUAAAGCUUUAAAUAGGCCACAGUUUACCCACACUAAUGGCUGACUCAUGACCCAGCUGUUCUGUGUAACAGAUUAUUAUCAUCUUAGGACAAACUGACCACUGUAACAAAAUCCUAUUCUGGACAUGUCCCAAAAGAUGCAGAAAUGUCUCUCAGCAUGUGUUUCCCUCCACACUGGAAAUGCUCACAGUCAACAAUGGGGUUUUAUACAUUUCAGAUUGAGAAAGUUAAGCCAUUACUCUAUUAGAUGACAAACCAUGUCGUGUUUCAUGCGUCAUGUAAGGUUUUUGUAAAAUGUAUACUUUUUAUAGUUCGAAAAGUUUGGGUAAUUCAAAAGGUCAUACAUGUUUCAUUAUGCUGUCAUGAAAUUGAGUCUCUGUGAAAUAACGUUAAAUUACAUGAUCCUUUGUAGGUGACAAGCCUAUAUGUAUUGAUAAGAUGUACAUAUUAUGUAUCUGUACUGAGAAAAUAAAUGUAAUGUAUGUCAAUGUA